AUGUCGUGUCCUCCCCCUGAGUCCGCUCCUUAUCCCCAGUUUCAGGAACUCCUCCGAUACGUGCGAGAUGAAAAUUUCGGGUACAGUCCAGUGGCCUUGGAGAGCCUCCUGGGCCUAGCCAGGGCCGGCUCGGUCGAAGAGACAGCCCAGGAGAUCAAAACCGCCCUCAGCUUCCCCCUCAACCCCAAGGAAAUCGAGUCUGUGAUCAAGAACAUCUACCCCUUGCUGAAAAGCGGCAAAAGCUUCCAGUUCCUUGCAGCGAACCGCAUCUACUUGCAAACGCAUUACUCCAUCCGGAAAGAUUUCAAAACUCUGGCUGAGACAUCGUACAACAUCGAAGUCCAGCAUUAUGACGCGAAAAAAGGCCGGCAAACUGUCAACGACUGGGUGAAAAACGCCACCAAGGGGAAAAUCGAGGCCGUGCUGGACGACACAGACGUCGAAACCUCCGCCAAAUGCUUCCUAAUCUCAGCGGUUUACUUCAAACUGAAUUUCUGGAAGUUUGCCCAAAAAGAGGCGCUUUCGAGGAGGGUUUUCACCUCUAUGGCCCAGAAGCCGCUCGAGGUCGAAUUUAUGGAAAAGACCGGACUUUACAACUACUACGAAAGCCCCGAACUCAAAGCCACGUAUCUAGAAAUCCCAAUCGAAAACAACUUUGACUUAGUCAUGAUCCUCCCGAACGGAAAGGACGGACUUUCCGCCCUAGAGACCACAAUUAACGACGUGUUUGUCGAGCCGAAAUUCAGCCAAACUCGGGUCACAGUUGCGGUGCCUAAGCUCAAUUUCGAGUUCAAACACGAUCUGAAGAAAGUCUUCCAACAUCUAGGAAUGACAAGAGCGUUCACGAACGAUGCCAACAUGAACGGGUUUCUAGCCGAAGCCAGAGUGCUUUACAUCAACCACGUGAUACACAAAAGCUUGUUUUAUUUUACAGAUGAUUCCACUGAGCAAGGCAUUAAAGCAACUGCUCCGAAUAAGAGAGUUGGGAGCACUUCGAAGACGUUUAUAGCCGAUCAUCCUUUCAUAUUUUACGUAAAAUCCAAAAAUGUUAUUGUUUAUGCUGGAAGAGUGACGGAUCCCACUUAACAAACUGUAUUUUAGACUUUAGUUUAAGAAAUAAGUGAGACGUUUGGAAUAAAACUAUUCAAUGGCCGUUUUUUAUGUGCAAUU